AUGGCCUUGUCUGGCUGGGUGUGGGUAACAGGUGCCUCCAGAGGUAUUGGCAGGGGAAUAGCUCUCCAGCUGUCGGAGGCAGGAGCAACCGUCUACAUCACAGGGCGACAGGAGAGCACGCUGAAAAAGACCGCUGAAGAGGUUAAGGAUAGGGGUGGAGACUGUGUGCCAGUUAUCUGUGAUUCCACAAAAGACAAAGACGUUGAAGAUCUGUUUGAGCGGAUCAAACAGGAACAGAAUGGCAGGCUGGAUAUCCUGGUUAACAAUGCCUACGCUGGAGUACAGGCCAUCUUUGAAAACAUGGGGAAAAAGUUCUGGGAAACAGAGCCGUCCGUUUGGGAUUCAGUCAACAACACGGGCCUCAGGGGCCACUAUAUCUUCUCAGUGUAUGCAUCCCGGCUGAUGGUGGCCCAAGGUCAAGGUCUGAUAGUCACCAUUUCCUCUUUUGGGGGGCUUUAUUAUCUCUUCAGUGUGCCGUAUGGUGUUGGCAAAGCAGCUUGUGACAGGCUCGCAGCAGACAUGGGUCAUGAGUUGAAAAGUCGAGGAGUAGCUUCUGUCAGCCUGUGGCCGGGAGCAGUACAGACUGAGUUGGUGACUCAGUUAGUACUGGAGAAAGAAUCCCCAGAGGGUGUCAACUCUAAGUUCAAAAGUGCCUUUGCCGAUGGAGAAACCACAGAAAUGAGUGGGAAGUGCAUUGUCAACUUGGCAAAAGACAAAAAUCUGAUGUCACUGACUGGGAAAGUACUUAUGACCUGUGACCUGGCAAGGCGCUAUGGGAUCCAAGAUAUUGAUGGGCGGGGUGUAGUGGAUUACACUUCCUUGAAGUUCCUGCUGUCCCAGGCCCCAUAUGUCUCCUGGUUAUCAGCUGUUGUGCCUUCAUUCAUACGCGUCCCACGCUUCAUGCUCUCAAUGGCAUAUAGCCGUUUCUAAACAUUUUGUGUUUCAGCGCUGCAGUGGCAGUAUCUGAGCUACAAGUACAUGGAUGACUAAAGGCUGACUUUAACAAUUAAGACUGCCAAAAUGAUUUUGAAGGAGUAUAGUAUGUGUCAUUUAACUUUGUAUAUUACAUUCUUGAGUACUAAUGAAGGCCAUUUGAUGAAGGUCAAGGUAAAAAAGCUUAACAUGAAGGACGCUCCACAACAUUUUCAGCAUUCAACAUGAACGCUGGUGUUCAUGUGGGAGAAGCCACACAAUGUGAAAAUGGGAACUCUAUAUUAUGACAUGCCAUAUAUUGUCUUGAGCAGUAUACAAAUAUAUCACAGCGAUCUAAAGCAUUCAGAAUAAACAUUUGAAUUUGUAUGUUUACAUAUUUUUGCACAUAUUUGUAAUUUUUCUAUUGAAUGAACAUGUACUCAUAACACUACCAUUUUAUUUGACAUUGAUUAGUAGUACAGUUGAAGUAGAUUUGUAGGAUUAAAUCAUUACAUUUCAAAUAAAGAAAUAUUAACUC